AUGGCCAAAUCACCCAGUACACCUCUAUCAGACAGGCCGGAACACCAGAGACAUUAUCUCGUCGCUGACGGAUUCAGACGUCUCCAGGAUAAAUAUUGCCCCAAGACGGCUGAGGGAUGCUUCGCGAAUCAGCUGCCGUCCAUCGUUCUGCCUUUCCUGCAAGGCCUCCUUGCCUCUCUCUUGCAAGCACUAGACCUCCCCGGCUUGCUCGAGGACCCAGAGCCAAAGCUGCGGACUGUCUUGCAGAUCCAAGCGGGCCUCGAACACUGUCUGGAUCAAACCAUCCGGCAAGUUUCGUGCAUAUGUCCGGAAUCGGCAUACCUCCUGCUUCGGGCCGAUGACCAUGAUCUCAAAGGGCUUAAGUCGUUCAGACUCCAGCGGUUGAAGAUCUACUUCCCCAGACAGCUGUCCCUGCGCUUCUGUCACAUCUUCGAGACGGCCCAGGAGCUCGUCCAGCAGAUGGAGCUCCCGUCGGCGCCGCCUAACCUCGGCUGGCCGAUCGGCUAUCUGCGCGAAUGUCUGGACUUCUUCGUCGGCCAAGCCUCGGAAACGGUCCAGGGGAUGGCCGACUGCUUGCAGGCCUCCGAGCUCGCCAUCGUCCAAGAUGUGUGGGCCGCUUGGAGACCGGACAUCGAGCGCUCCCUGCAGGCGGUCGCCGAGAAGCUCAGGCCGUCCGCCACCACAUCCGCGCGCACCGGCCCGCCGCGGCUUCCCGACCGCUUCUGUACUUUAUUCCAUUGA